AUGAGGAUCGAGAAGUGCUAUUUCUGCUCCUCGAACGUAUUCCGAUUUUGUCGUUCGAAAUGUCACAAGCUGUUCAAGAAGAAGCGUAAUCCCAGGAAAACAAGAUGGACGAAGGCAUCGCGUAUGGCCCGAGGCAAGGAGCUGAGGGGCGAUAGCACUUUGGCUGUUGAAGCACGACGUAACGAGCCACUGAAGUAUGAGCGACAGUUGUGGAAUGAAGCGGGUUGGCUAUUCUUUACUUCUCGGAUUAGUCAUUCGUUAUAA